AGCGUAAGGUUGUUGCGUAACUGGAGUUGAAGAAUCGGAGCAAGGGGGAAACGCAACACCACGCUCUGACUGGAGCGAGCCGACGCGGAGCUGCUAUGCAUUCAACAUCAAUCACAUCCAGCGCACCGAGCGCGUGCUGCCUUCAGUCAGUUGGAGAGGAGGAGGAGAAGUGGGGGAGACUCUCGCCUCGGCUGUGGGAUAUGCGCUUUCUCCGCUCCGUUAUCCCGUAAAGAUCUGAUCCUCCUGUCACCGGAGCAGCGCUAGGAGAGAGUGGUCUUUAAUCACCCCCACCACCCACCCCGGCCGCGCGCAACCAGAAGUUGUGGACUUGAGACUUUUUCAGCACCACUUCUCCGUGGACAGCGCUCGCAAUGAUUCCGAGACAUCGACGCGUCAGCCUCGAGAUGCGCGAGGAUUCCUGUUGGAUACAAUUAAGUAACGAGGUUUCAACGCGUUUCCUCUGAAAGACAGACACGUUUUUUUAAUCUUUAUCUUUAUUUUUAUUUUUUUAUUACACAGGAAACUCCCCUUUUUUGUUUUAAAACCAAGAAGCAAAAUGAACGAUUUUUCUUUGGAUAUGGAUCAUUUUAUAUAGAUUCCUCGUGGGCAGGAGAGCGGGAAAUUCACUCUGAAGCCCGCAGACCUGAGACGGCCUGAGGGCUCUGACAUACACCAAAUCCCUGCCCAGGGGAAUGGCGGAGAUUAAAAACUUCUGAUUGAGGUGGAGAGGAAAGAGACACAAAGAGAAGGAGGGAGAGACAAAGAAGAAGAAAAUAGCCUAGUGUUUAUCUUUGUUCUCCCUAAUGCCCCGAGUGAAAGAUCUCUAUAAGUAAGAAGACACAAAAUCUGCUGCCCACAACCGUGGUCAGAUGAUGGAGUGAGGGAGUGAAAGAGGAGAGGAGAAAGGGAUCACAUCCUGCGAAARAGCCAAGCUCAUAUUCUCCUCUAAUUGAAUGCCUUGGUGAGAGAAGAGACAUGAGAGGAAACCUUUUCUGUGACAACUGCUUCAAGAGGCAUUGCAAUUAACCCUCUGGCCAUCAUAAAAUAAUACCUGGCUUUUGUUGUUUUCCCCGUUUCUGGUGUGGAUGUGUGCUCAGGCCAUUAUCAUGUUUCAGCCCCCAGCACGUAGACCGGAUCAGACCGGCUGUCAUAAAAACAUCCACAUUCUGAUGCUGCUGCUGCUCCUUUACGGCUCCCCCAAGGCCUCUCAGGCUGCCAAACCCAAAGGGCCCGGACAAACGCAUUUGAACUCCAUCCGCAUUGACGGAGAUAUCUCCUUAGGUGGCCUGUUCCCGGUACACGCCAGGGGUCACGAUGGCAAGCCUUGCGGGGAGCUGAAAAAGGAGAAGGGUAUUCACAGACUAGAGGCCAUGCUCUUUGCCCUGGACCGCAUCAAUAAUGAUAAUAAUCUCCUCCCGAACAUCACGCUGGGAGCUCGAAUCCUGGACACCUGUUCCAGGGACACUCACGCCUUGGAGCAGUCGCUCACCUUCGUGCAGGCUCUGAUCGAGAAGGACGGGACGGAUGUCAAAUGUCUCGGUGGCGGGGCGCCUAUCAUAACAAAACCCGAGAGGGUGGUGGGGGUAAUCGGAGCCUCCUCCAGCUCGGUGUCCAUCAUGGUGGCCAACAUACUGCGGCUCUUUAAGAUACCACAAGUGAGCUACGCCUCAACAGCUCCAGAGCUGAGUGACAACACCCGCUACGACUUCUUCUCUCGUGUGGUGCCUCCAGACACGUAUCAGGCACAGGCCAUGGUGGACAUAGUUAAGAACAUGCGCUGGAACUACGUCUCUACAGUGGCCUCGGAGGGAAACUACGGAGAAAGUGGUGUCGAAGCUUUCAUUCAGAAGUCUCGGGAGGAUGGUGGUGUGUGCUUCUCACAGUCAGUCAAGAUCCCAAGGGAGCCMAAACAGGGAGAGUUUGACAAGGUCAUCAGGAGACUGGGAGAAAACCCCAACGCGAGAGUCGUCAUACUUUUCGCCAAUGAAGACGAUAUCAGGCGGCUGCUCCACGCGGCAAAAAAGGCCAACCAGACGGGUCAUUUCAUCUGGGUGGGUUCAGACAGCUGGGGCUCAAAGAUCUCUCCCGUCCUGCAGCAGGAGGAGGUGGCAGAGGGAGCAGUCACCAUCUUGCCCAAGCGCCAGACCAUUAAAGGGUUCGAUCGGUACUUCAUCAGUCGAACGCUGGAAAACAACAGAAGGAAUAUCUGGUUUGCUGAGUUCUGGGAGAACAACUUCAACUGCAAACUCAGCCGUCAUGCUGUGAAGAAAGGCUCCGGGCUCAAAAAGUGCACAAAUCAGGAGCGAAUAGGAAAGGACUCGAAUUACGAGCAAGAAGGAAAGGUGCAGUUUGUCAUCGAUGCAGUUUAUGCAAUGGCUCAUGCCUUGCACAAUAUGCACCAAGAACUCUGCCCAGGGAAGGUGGGUCUCUGCGCUAAAAUGGAUCCCAUCAAUGGCACCCAUCUGCUGAAGCAUAUACGCCGGUUAAACUUUGCAGGAAUAGCUGGGAACCCUGUGCUAUUCAAUGAAAACGGAGAUGCUCCUGGCCGCUAUGAGAUCUACCAGUACCAGAUUAGAAACAGAACGGCUGAAUAUAAAAUCAUUGGCCACUGGACGGAUCAACUCCAUCUGAAUGUGCGCUCCAUGCAGUGGCCGGGYGGCGUCCGCCAGAUCCCUUCCUCAAUCUGCAGCCAACCCUGUCAGGCAGGCGAGCGCAAGAAGGUUGUGAAAGGCAUUCCUUGUUGUUGGCACUGCGAGCGCUGUGAUGGCUAUCAGUAUCAGGCUGACACCUACACAUGUAAAAUGUGUCGCUUUGAUUUGCGGCCCAACGAGAAUCACACAGGCUGCGUUCCAAUCCCCAUUGUUAAGCUGGAGUGGAGCUCCCCCUGGGCAGUCAUCCCUGUGCUUAUCGCGGUCUCUGGCAUCAUAGCCACGUUGUUUGUGGUCGUCACGUUCAUCCGCUACAACGACACACCGAUUGUGAAGGCAUCAGGGAGGGAGUUAAGCUAUGUGCUGCUGACUGGGAUUUUUCUCUGCUACGCCACAACAUUCUUGAUGAUUUCUGCCCCUGAUGUAGGAAUCUGCUCCCUCCGCAGAAUCUUCUUGGGUCUCGGGAUGAGCAUCAGUUACGCUGCUCUGCUCACCAAAACCAAUCGUAUUUACCGCAUCUUCGAGCAGGGCACCAUGUCUGUGAGUGCUCCCAGGUUCAUUUCCCCAGCUUCCCAGCUUGUCAUCACCUUCACCCUGGCUUCAGUGCAGCUGCUCGGGGUGUGCAUAUGGUUUGGCAUGGAUCCCUCCAAGGCCAUUAUCGACUACGAGGACCAGAGAACAUCUAACCCUGUGCUGGCUCGUGGCGUGCUCAAGUGUGACAUCUCGGACUUGUCUCUCAUCUGCUUGCUGGGCUAUAGCAUGCUGCUCAUGGUCACUUGUACCGUUUAUGCCAUCAAAACUAGAGGCGUGCCUGAAACCUUCAACGAGGCCAAGCCUAUUGGUUUCACGAUGUACACAACCUGCAUUAUUUGGCUAGCGUUUAUCCCAAUCUUCUUCGGCACUUCACAAUCUACAGAAAAGAUGUACAUCCAAACAACCACACUAACCAUCUCUGUGAGCCUAAGUGCUUCGGUGAUCCUCGGAUUGCUCUACAUGCCCAAGGUCUACGUGAUUCUUUUGCACCCCGAACAGAAUGUGCCCAGGCACACRCGCAGCCUCAAGGCCGUGGUUACCGCCGCCACCAUGUCCAACAAGUUCAACCCCAAGGCUGGACUCAGACCCAAUGGAGAAGCUAAGACCGAGCUCUGCGAAAGCCUCGAAACACAAUCUUUCUCGACAAAGCAAACCUACAUCAGCUACAGCAACCACGCAAUUUAAGGGACAAAGGUUUUUUUGUCACAAUUCAGGAUUUCCACCUCUGCUGAGAGCGAGCGACAGGAAAAAAUAAAUAAAUAAAAAACAUGAAGUGGAAUUUCACACAGCUUAAAAAAACAUUUCUCAUUGUGUGGGUGGAUAUCACAGAAGAAUUGCCCAAAGACGUGACACGCUGAGGAGAAACCACAAAGGGGGGCGGAGAUGGACGAAAAGAAGCGAGCAGAACAGAUAACUGUACAAUUUUAAAGAUUCCAUCUUCUGUCAACCAACAAAAAUACGCAGGAAAAAAAGAAAAAAGAAAAAUCCUUGCAUGGAGGAGGCCUGGAGACUGAAGGAUGGAUCUUCUUUUGUUGGAGUGUUUACAUUCCAGCUGAARUGUCAUGUCUAAAAGACUGCAGAGAUCUUGAGCACGACUGAGUGGAACUGAACCCACGUCGAGAAUACGUUCAGGCAUUUUUAAUGUCAUCUUAAGAUACUUAAAAAGGCAUCACAAAGGAUUAAUCAACUCCACAAAGGAUUAAUCAACUCCUAAAAGGCAUGAAAACCUGGAUUUCUACGAGGGGCUUGCGUUUGUUUUUGUUUCUCGGUGCAUUCCGGUUCCGCGAGUCAGACGACUGGAAACGGGGAAUCAUCUCAACAAUGCAACAAACAUAAACAUGUUUAUUCUGUCCUCUUUCAGGGCCCUGCUGAGCUGAGAACCACCGCACUUAUAUAAGAGGAUCUUUGCCAAUUUUCAGCAUGCCAGUUUCAACAUCCUGUGUUGUGUUGUUUACCAAAAAAAAAAAAAAAAAACCCUGAAAAAAAUAUUGGAAUGCGUUUAAAACUCUGUUGCAGCGUUGUUAACAAUUGUUUAGGCUCGAGCCUAUUGUACGUAAAAAAUUUGUUCUCAGUUGGUGAAGGUCUAGUGAGUGAUUGUUUCUCUGUGCUUAAGUGAGAUCAUAAUUCAUAUUAAGAGCUAGCCAAAGGCUGCCACUGCCCUAAUCAUACCUGUACUCGGAAGCAGUGGCUCGUGGUUGGACGGAACCGUGUUUUAGCCAGGAGAUGUCACUGUGAGCCGUCAUCCAAGAUGACCCUCUCAUCACUGCCAUCAGCUGUUCUCUUGGUCACACAAGCAAAAUGUAGGGUUGAAGCUCGGCUGUACAGAUCUAUUAGCAGGGGGGGAAUUAAGAUGAAGAACACCCUUGAGAGGAUCGUGCAGCUCGUCCUGAGGGUGAUAUCCGUAAUGGCCCAUCUAUAGAGAAAAUUCAUUACUAUACGCGUCCUCUUCAGGCACUUCUGUGAUAAGGAGGAGGUGUAGAGAAGUUGUAAAGCUCUUCAACAAAUGAACAUCUAAUUGCAAAAUACUAUAUCUCUAUCAAUCAACCUGUGCUUGCUGAACAGAUUAACGUUUGGCUUCCUGCAGCAUAAAAGCCCUCAGAUGUCCCGAGGUAAAAAGAAAAAAAAAAUGAUGUGGGGUCAUCUGUGUUGUGACAUCAGUGCUGCUUUUCAUGCACCCCCCCAGCCCCAUAUUACUUUCAACACCAUUUGUGUUGCCGAAUAAAACGUGAGUGCUGACCAAAUUAAAUGGCAAGUUAAUGUACGUUCUUAAAUAGAGUGAUGAUGUCUGCUUUUUGUCCUGACAUUUCCUAAAAUUGAGGAAAAAUGUACAAAAAAAGAUACAGUGCCUGGCUAUCUGAUGAUGUAUUUGUAAAACCUCAUGACAACUAAUGAAGUGUGUGAAGCAUGUUUAAUUUUUUGAUACAAAAUUUAUUAUUUCUAUUAAAAUGUUUCCAAACUUCA